AUGGAGUCUUCACCGCUUGGGGAGAUAGUUAAAGCCCUCUCCCUCCUGCAGCAGACCCAACACCAAGCUCUGCUGGAUGUCCAGCGGGAAAACCAGGCCCGCUUCGAGGCCCUGGCUCAGAGGUGGCUCCUGUUAGCAGCCCGCGAUUCCGAGGAGGUCCUCGACCUGGUGGUGCUGGAGCAGUUCAUUGCCCACUUACCCGAGAAGACGGCAGCGAGGGUCCAGUGCCACCAACCGGAAUCGCUGGACGAGGCCACCAGGCUGGCAGAGGCACACCUGGCGGCGUAUUCGGGGAAAGAGGGGGGCUGUAGCCCCCAAGCCCUUUCCCUGCUCUCGCUCUCGCCCUCCCCACACCCCCCCCUUUCUAUUUCCCGCAAUCCCCUUGCAGCUACUCACGGUCUGCCUUCUCUCUCUGCACAAGGAGCAGCAGCUGAGCCCACAAGAGCUGGGGUGAAGCCUGGGCAGGUGUGUUGGCGAUGUGGGGAGCCCAGGCACUUCCAGGACCAGUGCCACCACAUGGAGGUCGGAACGCUGGUUCGGGUCCCCACGUCGCCACCCACCUCCCCUGAUCGAGCUGGAGCGUAUCGCAUACCAUUUGGGGUGUUGGUGAAAGCUUUGGUAGAGGAUGGGUCCCGCACUACGAUAGGGAAGGCGGCAUGUGCCGCGCUCGAGCUAGACAAGCUUCCGCGCCCGUCGGUGACGGCUCCUGAGCGAGGGGGGGCAGGUGAUAGUUCCUCCGGGGGCGGGGCCGAACCUGACAGCGUGGCCACGCCUCCGGGGGCACAUGCGGCUCAUAAUAAUCCCAUGGCUGGGCAUUUGGGACAAGAGAAGACACUUAAUCGUCUAAUGGACCGUUUCUACUGGCCAGGCAUUCACGUGGAUGUACGCAGGUGGUGUGCGUCAUGCCGCGAAUGCCAGCUCGUGAACCUGGCGGCCAUCCCAAAAGCGCCUUUGCACCCCCUUCCAUUAAUCGAGGUCCCCUUCAAAAGAAUUGGCAUGGACCUGGUCGGGCCAUUAGAUCGAAGCGCACGUGGGUAUCGCUUUGUAUUGGUCUUAGUUGAUUAUGCAACGCAAUAUCCAGAAGCAGUGCCUCUUCGUAACAUUUUGGCACGUACCGUUGCAGAGGCACUCUUCAAAGUGAUCUCCCGAGUUGGGAUCCCAAAAGAGAUCCUGACUGAUCAGGGCAUAACGUUCAUGUCACGCACCUUACACGAACUAUACAAGUUGUUGGGCGUUAAAUUGUUUCAUACCAGUGUUUACCACCCCCAAACGAAUGGUCUGGUCGAACAUUUUAACCAAACCCUUAAAAAUAUGAUUCGGAAGUUCGUUCAUGAGGACGCUAAGAACUGGGAUAAGUGGCUAGAACCCCUGUUUGCAGUGCGAGAGGUCCCGCAAGCCUCCUCGGGGUUUUCUCCUUUUGAGUUAUUGUACGGGAGGAAACCCAGGGGCAUCCUAGACAUCAUUAAAGAGCACUGGGAGGAGGGACCUCCAAACAGCAAAAAUGAAAUUCAGUACGUUCUUGACCUGAGAGCACCGGCCACGUUUCAGCGACUCAUGGAUAGAAUUCUCCGCCCCCACUGUGCUUAUGCCACUGCCUAUCUAGAUGACAUUAUCAUAUAUAGCAAUGAUUGGCAGCGGCACGUGCAACAUCUGAGGGCGGUUCUGAGAUCGCUGAGACGGGCGGGGCUUACCGCUAACCCAAAGAAGUGUGCAAUUGGACGGGUGGAGGUACGGUAUCUGGGCUUCCACUUGGGCCACGGACAGGUGCGUCCCCAAAUUGAUAAGACGGCGGCAAUUGCAACCUGUCCGAGACCCAAGACCAAAAAGGAGGUGAGACGGUUCCUGGGGCUGGCCGGCUAUUAUCAUAGGUUCAUACCUAAUUAUGUGGACGUCACCAGCCCGCUGACCAAUCUCACUAAAAAGGGAGCACCAGAUCCGGUCCAGUGGAUGGAGCAGUGCCAACAGGCGGUAACCCGUGUUAAGGCAGCCCUCUGUGGGGGCCCACUACUGCAUUCGCCUGACUUUACUCUCCCUUUUGUUUUGCAGACAGACAUGUCGGACAGAGGGCUGGGGGCCGUUUUGUCCCAGGUGGUGGAGGGGGAGGACCGCCCUGUGGAAAAAGAAUGGCUAUCAAAUGGGCGGUCCUCACUCUCUGCUAUUACCUGUUAG